GAGCCGAGGUGCGUAGCCCACGCCACACAACUCUACGUGCACAGCCAGCCUGGCUGGGAUCAGCUGCCUCACGAUUGAUCGCCCGCAAUACCAGAAGACUGAAUCGCCGUCCAGCGCCAGCCAGCGAGCCAGGAGCAAGGGGAAGAUGGCCAGCACCGGCGAGAUCUGGCUGCAGUGGUUCUCGUGCUGCUUCCAGCAGCAGCGCUCGCCCUCCCGCCGCCCACACCAACGCCUGCGCAUCGACCGGUCCAUGAUCGGCAAUCCCACCAACUUCGUCCACACGGGCCACAUCGGAUCCGCGGACGUGGAGCUGUCGGCCAACCGCCUCAACGCGAUCUCCACCCAGAUGCAGAGCAAGGGCGGCUACGAGACCAACUCGAUACACUCGCUGCAUGCCUGCUGAUGGAAGCCCCCAUCACCUGGCAACAUCCCCGCUAUGAAGUGCAUUUCGUGCAAUUUUCCACAGAGGAGGAGGACGGCGACGGAG